AUGGCGCUCUUCCGUUCUCUUUUCCAACAUUACAAGGCUUUGCAUGUUGCACGUCCCACUCCGCCGUACUUCUCUGCCGUCUUGUCAGCCCCCAGCCCUCCUUCGCUAUUAGCAAUGACCAAAGUCAUCAAAAGAGAGUAUAGGUCAGAAUUUGUCAUAGAUGUUCAGGACACUGAUGCGAGGAGCGGGGCAGUAAACGUCAAAGAUGCUAUCUUAUUGAUCCAUUGUUUGGAUUAA